CUUCAAAGUUUAUAUAAGCAAAAGGAGGCUCUUAUUAGUAUGUUUUCAUCAAAAGAUUGGUAUGAAUGUGGAUGUACAAAACAUAAUGAUGCUUAUGAGGUGAGGAAGUGGAUCCUUCGUGACACAAAUUUUUGGAACCAUGUUGCUUAUUGCAUAAAGAGUGUCUUGCCCCUUGUUUGUGUCUUAAGAGAGGUUGAUUCGGAAGUGAGACCCGCCAUGGGAUUUAUCUAUGAGUUGAUGGAUGCCGCAAAAGAUAAGAUUGCAAAUAAUCUUGGAAAUGUGGAAGCAAAGUAUGGAUCAAUUUGGAGGAGAAUAGAUAAUAGGUGGAGUCCACAACUUCAUCAACCAUUGCAUGCGGCGGGUUAUUACUUGAACCCUCAAUUCCGAUAUGAAGACAACUUUAAAAAUACCGAGCAUGUGAAGAAGGGUUUGGAAGAGUGCAUGGAUAGGAUGCUAGUUGGUGAGGCCCGUGUCGCAGCGGAAAUACAAUUAGACUUCUAUGAGCGAAAGCAUGGUAAGUUUGGAAGUGCGAUGGCCGAAUCUACUAGAAAAAUCCGAUCACCCGUGUUUUGGUGGGAAAAAUAUGGGACACAAACACCGGAGUUGAUGGAUUUUGCUACUCGGGUCCUUUCCCUUACUUGUAGUGCAUCGGGGUGUGAGAGGAAUUGGAGUACUUUUGAAAUGAUUCAUACUAAAAAGAGGAAUAGACUUGAACACAAGAGGAUGCAUGCUUUAGUCUAUGUGAAAUAUAAUAUUGCUCUAAAAGAUAGGACUUUGAAAAGGAAUGCUACAAUGACCGAUCCUAUUGUAGUGGAAGAAAUUGAAUCUGAUGAUGAAUGGAUAAUAGAGAUAGACGAUCCGGUUCUUCCCGCCGAUCCACAUUGGCUUGAGGACAAUGUAGAAGAUCUAACAUUGAAUGAUGAGGCGGUAAGAAAUGUGCCAAUUGGUACAUAUCAAAGUACCCUAAUUGAUAGAGAGCCUCCUCCUCGUGUGCAUUCUCCUCCUCGUGAGCCUACACCUCUCCGUGAGCCUACUCCUUCUCUUGAUGAGCCUAUUGUUUUAUACAAAAGGAAAUCUAGUGAAAGAGCAUGUUCAAGCUCCAGGAAAUCAAUGCGUCUUGAUGACAUUGCGGAUGAUGGUAUUAGAAUUAAUCCAUAUGAUGAGACCAAUUCUCUCUUCGAGCACCAUGGUGAUGAUAGUGAUGGUAGUGAUAGUUUGGAUGAUGAUAGUUUGGAUGGUGAUCUUCUUAUUGAUGAGGAUGAUGAUUUCCAAGGAUGA